GUGCUCGCCGCUCUGCUGAUCCGGCGGCCGCUGUUCAGAGCUGUUUAUCAGUGCGGACUGACGGACUGACGGCGCCGCCGCGCUGUGAACGGCAGGAGACGAACAUUAACCGCGCUGUCUGUUUUUAUCCAGCCGAGCUAAACGCGCGUUAGCAGCCAUUGAAUUGGCUGUCCUUUAUUUUCUGAGUGAAGAAGCUGCUGGUCGCCAAACUGUCCACUCUGGAGGAGGACGGGGAGAAUAGUAUGGCCAUGACGGGAGGCAUGGCAGCGCCGCUCCCGAUGAGUAACCACACGAGAGAGAGAGUGACCGUGGCCAAACUGACCCUGGAGAACUUCUACAGCACCCUCCUCACGCAGCACGAGGAGAGGGAGAUGAGACAAAAGAAGCUGGAGAAGGUGAUGGAUGAGGAGGGCUUACCUGAUGAAGAGAAGAUCAUGCGGCGCUCCCAGCAUGCUCGCAAGGAGACGGAGUUCCUGAGGCUGAAGCGAACUCGACUGGGGCUUGACGACUUCGAGUCGCUCAAAGUCAUCGGAAGGGGCGCCUUCGGAGAGGUGCGUCUGGUGCAGAAAAAGGACACUGGUCACAUCUAUGCCAUGAAGAUCCUGAGGAAAGCAGACAUGCUAGAGAAGGAACAGGUGGCGCAUAUCAGGGCGGAGAGGGAUAUUCUUGUGGAGGCAGAUGGAGCAUGGGUAGUGAAGAUGUUCUACAGUUUCCAGGACAAAAGGAAUCUGUAUCUCAUCAUGGAGUUUCUGCCUGGAGGAGACAUGAUGACUCUGCUUAUGAAGAAGGACACUCUUUCAGAGGAGGCCACUCAGUUCUAUAUAGCAGAGACAGUGCUGGCUAUUGACUCCAUUCACCAGCUGGGCUUCAUACACCGAGACAUCAAACCAGACAACCUGCUGCUCGAUUCACGGGGCCACGUCAAGCUGUCCGACUUUGGCCUGUGCACAGGCUUGAAGAAGGCCCACCGCACCGAGUUUUACAGAAACCUUACUCACAACCCCCCAAGUGACUUCUCCUUUCAGAAUAUGAACUCAAAAAGGAAAGCUGAAACGUGGAAGAAGAACAGACGACAGCUGGCGUACUCCACCGUCGGCACGCCGGACUACAUCGCCCCUGAGGUCUUCAUGCAGACAGGAUACAAUAAGCUGUGCGACUGGUGGUCUCUGGGGGUCAUUAUGUAUGAGAUGCUAAUAGGCUACCCACCCUUCUGCUCUGAGACGCCGCAGGAAACGUACAGGAAAGUCAUGAACUGGCGAGAAACUCUGAUCUUCCCCCCUGAGGUCCCCAUCUCGGAGAAAGCUAAAGACCUGAUCCUCAGGUACUGCACAGACGCAGAAAACAGGAUCGGGGCUGUGAGUGUGGAGGAAAUAAAGAGUCACCCUUUCUUUGAGUCAGUCGACUGGGAGCACAUCAGAGAAAGACCUGCUGCUAUCUCCAUCGAGAUCAAAAGCAUUGAUGACACCUCCAAUUUUGACGAUUUCCCCGAGUCUGACAUUUUACAGCCAGUCACAAACGUAACAGAGCCGGACUUCAAGUCUAAAGACUGGGUUUUCCUCAACUACACCUACAAGCGCUUUGAAGGACUGACACAGCGUGGAACCAUCCCCACCUACACGAAGGCCGGCAAAGCCUGAUCGGCCAGCGGAGACGGGACGGAGAGGGACGAUUCGAAGCGUGAGCGCUUGCCUCAGCUACACUCUCUGUUGCCAUAAGGUGCCACCACCUCGACUUCAGAGAUGUUUGCACUGCAGUUUUGCACCUGGAGGAGUCCAGACAGGUACACCUGUCAUAUCCUUAGUAAAAAGAAAAAAAACAAACAAUAUAGCUAACCGCCCCACCCCCCCUUCCCCCAGCUUACACUGGUCCUAUAUGCUCAGGUAAGAGGAGGCUCAUGUGUGACACCUUCUUUCAUUGUCUAAACACUGUACUGUAGACUUAACAAGUUAUGACUGAAUAAACAGGGUCACGAACCGCAAAGCGGGACGCACUUCAAGGUGAAUUUCCCCCAGGUUUUCAAAAUUUCUGCUUAAUUAAAUGGUUCAGAUGUAAACAGAGUCGUUCAGAGUGGUUUGGUGUGAAACGGUUCAUUCCAGAAUCAGAACUGUUCACAGUGGUGGUGAUAGGAACCAGAC